GUUCACUUUCCAGACACCGAAAGAGCAGAGUGGCUGAACAAGACCGUGAAGCACAUGUGGCCUUUUAUUUGCCAGUUUAUAGAGAAGUUGUUUCGAGAAACCAUAGAGCCCGCCGUGCGGGGCGCAAACGCCCACCUCAGCACCUUCAGCUUCAGCAAGGUGGAUGUGGGGCAGCAGCCCCUCAGGAUCAACGGCGUUAAGGUGUACACGGAAAACGUGGAUAAAAGGCAGAUUAUUCUGGACCUUCAGAUUAGUUUUGUAGGAAAUUGUGAGAUUGAUCUGGAAAUCAAGCGGUAUUUUUGCAGAGCUGGUGUGCAGAGCAUACAGAUUCACGGCACGAUGCGGGUGAUCCUGGAGCCUCUGAUCGGGGACAUGCCGCUGGUGGGCGCGCUGUCGCUCUUCUUCCUGCGGAAGCCGCUUUUAGAAAUUAACUGGACGGGACUGACCAACCUUCUCGAUAUCCCUGGGUUGAACGGCUUGUCAGACACCAUCAUUCUGGACAUCAUCUCGAACUACCUGGUGCUCCCCAACCGGAUCACGGUGCCUCUCGUCAGCGAGGUCCAGAUCGCGCAGCUGCGGUUCCCGAUACCAAAGGGUGUCUUAAGGAUCCACUUCAUCGAGGCUCAGGACCUUCAGGGGAAAGACACUUACCUUAAGGGGCUCGUCAAGGGAAAGUCGGACCCCUACGGGGUUAUCCGAGUUGGCAACCAAAUCUUCCAAAGCAAGGUCAUCAAAGAGAGCCUCAGCCCCAAGUGGGACGAAGUCUACGAGGCCCUAGUCUACGAGCACCCGGGGCAGGAGCUGGAGAUCGAGCUGUUCGACGAGGACCCAGACAAGGACGACUUUCUGGGCAGCCUCAUGAUCGACCUGACCGAAGUGGAGAAGGAGCGCCUUCUGGACGAGUGGUUCGCCCUGGACGAGGUCCCCAGAGGAAAGCUGCACCUGCGGCUGGAGUGGCUCACCCUGGCGCCCGACGCCUCCGGCCUGGACAAGGUGCUGGCGGACAUCCGCGCCGACAAAGACCAAGCCGCCGACGGGCUCUCCUCCUCGCUGCUCAUCCUGUACCUGGACUCGGCCAGGAACCUCCCGUCGGGGAAGAAGGUGAACAGCACCCCGAACCCUCUUGUCCAGAUGUCCGUGGGGCACAAGGCUCAGGAGAGCAAGAUUCGGUACAAAACCAGCGAGCCGGUGUGGGAGGAGAACUUCACCUUCUUCAUCCACAACCCCAGGCGCCAGGACCUCGAAGUCGAGGUGAAGGACCAGCAUCACCAGUGCUCCCUGGGGAGCCUGACCAUCCCGCUCAGCCAGCUGCUCACCAGCGAGGACAUGACCCUGAGCCAGCGCUUCCAGCUGAGUAACUCUGGCCCCGGCAGCUCCCUGAAGAUGAAGAUCGCCCUCAGGGUGCUGCACCUGGAGAAGCAGGCCCGGGCGCCCGACCACCAGCACUCGGCGCAGGUGAAGCGGCCGGUCACGUCCAAAGACGGGAGGAGAGUGUCCGUGCGGUCCCAGGCGUCAGCGUCACCCGGCGCGGGCACAGCCCCGCCCACACCCGUCCUGGGGGCCGGCGAGCAGCCCCGCGCGGGCACAGCCCCGCCCCCAAGGAAACACUUUUUGUUAGGAGAGAGACUUGGGGCGUAGCUGAGGUCAUCACGGGAGGUCACGGUCGUGGCGUCUGGGGCCCACGUGCCCCUGAGAGAGCGGGGCCCCGGGGCGGUCGCCGGCCUGCGAGCGCUGCCGUGUGUCCAUUGCAGCGGGACGACCCUGGGCCAGUCCCCGCUGGGGCAGGUGCAGCUGACGGUGCGGCACAGCUCGCAGAGGAACAAGCUGGUGGUGGUGGUGCACGCCUGCAGGAACCUCAUCGCCUUCUCAGAGGACGGCUCCGACCCCUACGUCCGCCUGUACCUGCUGCCGGACAAGCGGCGCUCGGGAAGGAGGAAAACCCACGUCUCCAAGAAAACCCUGAACCCCGUGUUUGACCAGAGCUUUGACUUCAGCGUCUCGCUGCCCGAGGUACAGAGGAGGACGCUGGACGUGGCCGUGAAGAACAGCGGCGGCUUCCUGUCCAAAGACAAAGGGCUUCUCGGCAAAGUCAGUGUGGAGCCCCGGGCUGCCCGCCGCGCAGGCCCGAGUCUGGGUGGGGGCCAGGCCCGAGGCUGUCCGGGGCGCGGUGGGCAGCGAGGGCCUUCCGUUUGUCUCUACUCGGUGCCACCCUGAGGGCAGCUCCGUGGGCGCCCCGCGCCCCCGCUGCCUUUCCUGCGCCCGCAUCCGCAUGUCUGGUGCGUGUUCGCGAGUGUGAACUCGCGCGGGAGCAUGUUCGCUCCGGUGCACACGGCGCGCCCGGGACAGGCUGCUGCAGACCACAGGGGCUCGGCCACGGCCCUGCCCCGCGCC